GGCUUGAGAAAACUCAUCGUGCUAUCCUCGUGGAAAUACGGGAUGGAUCAGAAUUUGUCGUCUUUGAGUCGUUUGAAUCCGUUCAAGUCGAGGACUGGAGUAUACCUUAUCCGUUUAUUCCUUCGAAAAUCCAACUGGAAGAUCCCGCUCCUGAAGAAUUUCACAUGAAAGUCGACAGUUGCGUCGAAUCCGAAGAUCAGUUCCAUCUGAAAGUAAAUAUCAUUUCAUCCGACAAUGCCUUAGGCUUAAAAAUAGCAACACAUUUUCAGGCGCCUUGUGAAUCCUGCCACGAAAUUACUGUGGAACUGAUCCAGUUUGAAAAUUUCAAGCCGUUGUCGCUGUCAUUUCCGUAUCCGAUCCUUGCCGAUGACAUCCGCAUUACAGUUGAUCGCAGCUGUCCCCAUGUUGAUUUAGUGCUAACGAAAGCAUUGUGGGAACCAUGGCCGUGUGAGUACCGACGUGCUGACGAUUUGCACAACGUUUUAGAUCCUGAUCAACUGAAAUCUUGGAAAGAAGAAGAAUCACUCCAACCGUCCUUGGAAUACCACAUUAGAAGCCAAUUCAACAUUAAUCAUCUGAAGAAUACUUCACUAAUGGAAAAAUUCCCUUUGAAUGUUGUUCGUUGCGUUAUGCAAUUUCUGUUUUUGGAUCCCUCUCGUCCUCGUUAUGUCGCCAUCCAACGGAUGGAUGCACCAGCACCCGACUGGUUGUUUCUAGUCCAUCGUCCUGUUUCAACAACUCCGACGGGCAGACCAUUCCUUUUGCUUUCGGCUUUUGAUUUCCGAUUGGCAGAAAAACUUGUUGCAGGCGGCAAAUGGAGCCAGAAAAAGACUGCAGAGAGUUUGAAGCGAGUUUUCCCUGGCGACGCGGAAGCAUUCAACAUUCCAAUCCAAACGACUGAAGAUUCGCAGCUUUUCAGAUUCGUCUUGCGGCUCAACAGUUCCAAGAUCGCACCCAGCAAAUGGCAUGAAAAAUAACCUUACACUGGGAGAAGACAGUCCGUGGAUGGCUACAUUCGUCUCACCACUUUACAGCGACAACCCACUUUUGGAUGUUGAAUCUGCUGAUGCUUCAAACAGAUCGACCCUAGGUGGGUCCAUGAGUGACAACUGCUGCGCCACUUGCAAGAAAGUUUCCCAAAGUCUUAAACGC